GUUCUUUCUUUUUCUUCAUUUUUACCUUUCUUCCUCCUCUUCUUUCUCCUCCUCAGUCUUCAUCUCUUUUUUUAAUUUUUUUUUUUUAAUUUUAACAAGAACCCGAUGUGUGAUCCUUUGAGAACCUAGAUUUGAGUUCUCCAUGGAACCAUAUGUGGGUUCAUGUGGAUUCUCAAAGGAACCAUGAUGGGGCAGCUUUCGACGAAGCGCUUGUAGGUUCGGGGCUUGUCGAAGCAGUGGACGAUGGAACAAACGACAUCGCCAGGGGCGUGCCUGUUUCAUACCUGGUUCCUUUGAGAAACCCAGAUCUAGGUUCCUCAAGGAAUCCAGAUCUGGGUUCUCCAAUACCCACAUUGUACUGGAGAGAAGCCGAGAAGAGAUGGCGAAUAGGGAGAAAAAAGAAAGAGGAAGGAGAGAGAGAUGGAGGAGGAGGAUGGUGGAGGAGAGAGAUUCGGGAAAUCCAACCAGGAGUAGCUAUAGAAAGGACGGUGAUUUAUCGUGAAUGGGCAGCCAGAAUGUACUCUGUGCUACCUUAUGCACUUGCACAGAUUUUUGUGGAUGAAGUGAUGGAACUGGUAGAGUUAGACAACCUCAAGCAUGCUAUAGUGGGGUUACCAGGAAUUAUGGGGUUGUCAACAGAACAAAAAAUGAGAUUGACAAUUGCUGUAGAGCUCGUGGCUAAUCCAUCAAUUAUAUUCAUGGAUGAACCGACAUCUGGUCUUGAUGCAAGGGCAGCUGCCAUUGUCAUGAGGACUGUCAGAAACAUGGUGGACACUGGAAAAACCGUUGUCUGCACAAUUCAUCAGCCUAGCAUUGACAUUUUUGAAGCCUUCGAUGAGCUGCUGCUGAUGAAGAGAGGACAAGUGAUCUACUCAGGACCAUUGGGUAGAAAUUCUCACAAGAUUAUUGAAUAUUUUGAGGCAAUUCCUGGAAUCCCCAAGAUCAAGGACAAGUACAACCCCGGAAAAUGGAUGUUGGGAGUGAGCUCUAUUGCAGCUGAAGUUAGACUUGGAAUGGACUUUGCUGAAUACUACAAAUCAUCUUCCCUGUAUCAGCGAAGCAAGGCAUUAGUGAAGGAGUUAAGCACACCUCCCCCAGGAGCUAAAGACCUCUACUUCCCCACUCAGUAUUCACAAUCCUCACGGGGACAAUUCAAGUCUUGCGUUUGGAAACAAUGGUGGACAUACUGGAGAAGUCUAAGUUGUAACCCUUGCAGAUACUCCUUAACCUUGCUGUCUGCCUUUAUCGUUGGUGUUGGAGUUGUGGUCUUCAAGCUGCAAAAGGAGAGCUCAACUGAUCUUAUGAUGGAAAUUGAAGCUGAGCAUACUGCAGUCAUUCUCUUCGGAAUUUCUAAAUUUGUAACAGUCCAACCAGAAGUAGCUAUAGAAAGGACAAUGUCUUCAUGAGAGGGCAGCCAGAAUGUACUUUGUGCUACCUUAUGCACUUGCACAGUGUUCUUUGCCUUCAUGUAUGCCUACUGCAUAAAGACACUCAACUUCCAAACGAGGUAGAGGUAAUUCAUGCCGAGCAAUUCUUCCUCAACCAUGUGCUACAAAUGAAAAGUGACCUUCUGAAUACAAAAACACAGUGGAAUGCAAUGGUUGUAUUAGGCCUCUGUGUCAACCUUUUAGAAGCAAAUUUAUUAAGUCGUUUGCAUGAUUUUGAAAGUUGUACUGGGCUACCAGGAAAUGUAAAGAAUUUUUAAGGAAAAAUCUUUGUGCGACAAUGAACAGCUAAAGCUAUA